AUGGUUACAGUACAUAUUCUAUCAUUUGUAAAUCUUUUCCUUUUUUAUUAUAGUUCCUACUUGAAAAAUUAUUUCGACGGUUCCCUAGUUAACUUAAAACUUGGUAAUUGUAAUUGUUUAUCAAAAAGAUUUUUGAGUAAUGAAGAAAAUGAUUCAAACCCAAAUGCCACUGAUUCUAUGGGAAAUCAUAGUAACGACAGUGAUAGUCUUACAUCAAGCAAUACAAAACACGAAGAUGGUGGUGAUCAUACAUCCUCAGAAGCAGAGAAAGACGAAGCUUCUAAACAAGAUAGCAAAGUAAAUGGAGAAAAUAAACAUACAGUAAAUGAACAAAGUCAGAAUGAUUUAAAUUCUGAGGAAGGACAUAUAAAAACUUUAGAUAACAAAGAUAGUAAUGACAAAAAAAUGGAAAGCAGAAAAAGUGAAGCUGAAAUAUCUGAACAUAAACAUAAACCUAGUGAUGAUAGUGAAUCAGAAAAAAAGGAAUCAUCCAAAGGAAACGAUCCACAGGAUUCAAGUGAUGAUAAAUCAAGUGAAGAAGGGGUAAAUAAAAAUACAAUGGAAGAGCAACAUGAGAAAAAGAACAUAAAUCCCACAGAUGGAGAUGGUGGUGAUAAUACUCUUUACUUAGACAACAUAGGCGAUCAGGUAGCACAUUACAGUGCCCUGAAAAACAAUAGAAUAGAAAAAGGGGUCACAGAUAACAUGGUACUAAGUGAUAUAGCAAGUGGAAAUAAUACAAAGUCCUGUGCAGUCAAUAAUGGGGGUUGUGGGGAUGACCAAUUAUGUAUACGAAUUGACAACAUAGGAAUAAAAUGCAUUUGUAAAGAAGGGCAUUUGUUUGGAAAUAAAUGUAUAUUAACAAAAUCUUUGGCACAGAUGCCACUCUUUACUUUAGCUGUUUCGAUUUUUCUAUGUUCCUUUUUAAUACUUUAA